ACCGAUGGGUGGAGGCCUAAUGCUCUUUUGUGAUACCGUGCUAAUGCUAAAGAUUGCCAUAGCAGGUCUGGUCAUUGAUAUAGAGAGUUGUCUUUACGGAAUAUCGUUCGACUCUUGUCUUUGUCUCCUUAAUUGAGAUUUCAACAUGGAAACAGGUGUUGGAACCCAAGCAGAUUUCGCUGAUCUGCCACCGACUCCACCAUCACCCCCACCGGUAGGAAAGCCGCCUUCACCAACAGUGCCUCCUCCGAAGGCCGAUCAGUCCUCACCGACUCCUUCUCCUAAAAGGUCGAGGUCACCGUCUCCUAAAAGGUCGAGGUCACCGUCUCCCAAAAGGUCGACACCGUCUCCUAAAAGGUCGAGGUCACCUUCUCCUAAAAGGUCGAGGUCGCCGUCUCCUAAAAGGUCACCGACGCCCUCUCCAAAAAGGUCAAAGACGCCUUCUCCUGAAAGGUCGCCUUCUCCUGAAAGAUCGAUGGCGCCUAUCACACCACCCCCAGCGCAAUCGACACCACCAGAAGAACCCAAGCCCUCCACUUCAUCCGCCGAGCCCCAAGAGAGAGAGAGGCCAACGUCUGAGACCUCCAGGGCCGACUCACUUCUUCCAAGAUCACACGCCGAUCAUGGUUACGGGGACAGGGCUUCAUCGCAUUUAAGUGACUGGACCUAUCCCACGGACUGCGCAAUUCAAGUCUCAUCCCACGAUCUUGACGACAAACAUCGGUACUUCCACUCCGAGGUGACCAUGAACGACCACACCAGUAGCAUGGCCGUCACACUGGAGAAAAAGCUCCUUGUGGAUGAGUACCCUCGAUUCCCGCACAAGCCUGCAAAUUACCUCCCCUUGACCAUUUGCUGUAUCAUCAUCAACCCCGUGUUUGGUCUGAUGGCAUGCUUUGCAUCCCUUGUCUCCAUCCAAGAGUUCAAGAAAGGCAACGCGAAGGAGGCGAAACGACACGGCCGAAAUGCCGCCAUCCUGGCGUUGGUCUCGUUCCUGGUGACGGUCGUCGUCAUUGUGAUUGCACUCAGCAUUGUCCUCAGUGGAGUGGUGUAGAAGGCAGCGGUUAAGACCUGAUUAACAUCUUGGUUUGGAAGACGCAUAUAUAAUUUUUUAAUUAUUAUACUUGUACCGUUAUCACUAGAAUUAUACAUUCAGCGUCGACGUGGAAAAUUAGAGCAUUUCCUCUAGUUUGUUUAUUUAUCAAUAAAUAUAUACAUGAACUGCACUGGACCGCAAGAUUCUGGUUUCGUCCAAUAGACACGAGUAAGGUUAGAAGAGUUGUGAUACAUCGCUUUCGGACGCUCACAAUCGGGCUGGGGCUGAUCAUCCCGAGAAGACGGUAGUGUCCUUAUUUUCAUCCAGGAAACGGACUAUGAUAUAUAUAUAUCAUGAAGGUCUCAAGACCUUAGGUUUUUCACCAUGAUACUUGAUCAGUUCGACAUUAACUUUGUCCGAGAGAGCUCUUUCCCCUGGCGCGGGUAAAUCGACAUCAGUUCCCCAAAUGACCGAGAAUCUAAAAUUGCGUAUUCAAGGCAGGCCUUCCAACUUACCGAGUAGCUCGCCUGGUUAUAAACUCCCGGGGCAUUCCAUUGCGUCAUCCUAAUUGGAUAGCGACAGUACGCGAGGCCGGUCCAAUACGUCCGGAGUGUAGCCUGGAUAGUGCUUGGGAAAAGUGUGAUCACAAGAAACUAGCCAGGAUUAGUGAAAUACACUUAGUUCCUUCCAUUCAAUAGAGACGUUUCGAUUUUCGGCGUAAAUGUACACUGAUAUGGGCGGAGUCCUCGUUUGAACAACCUUGCUGCUGUGGGAUUAAAUCUUUGUUCAUUGUUCGAAGAUUACCUAAAAUACAAUAUCUUGUCUGAAAUUUACCUCAUAACAUUAUGUUGCUGUGAUAUAUUGAGACGUGAUUUUCAACCAUGUGAUCCACUUUAUGUAAUUAAACUGAUUUAACGAAUAAACAUAACAUGAUACAAGAUCCA